CGAGGGCCGCGCAUGCGCAAUCGGCGCCCGAGCCAUGGUGGCGCUGUCCUCAGCUCUGCUGGCGGCGGCCUUGGGCGGGGGGCUGUGGCUGGUGGUGCGCCGCUACCUGAGACCCGCGGGUUGGGUGACAGCCGGCCUCAUGCGCGGCAAGACGGUCAUCGUGACGGGCGCCAACAGCGGUCUGGGCCGGGCCACGGCGGCCGAACUGCUGCGCCUGGGGGCCCGCGUCAUCCUCGCCUGCCGCGAUCGCGGGCGCGCCGAGGAGGCCGCCGCAGAGCUCCGCCGGGAGCAAGCGCUGGAGCGGGCCCGGACCCCAGCGCCGCCCGCCGCAGAAGGCGGCCCCGCCGGCGAGCUCGUCGUCAAGGAACUGGACCUGGCGUCGCUGCGCUCCGUGCGCGCCUUCUGUCAAGAGGUGCUGCAGGAGGAACCCCGGCUGGAUGUCCUGAUCAAUAAUGCAGGGGUCUUCCAGUGCCCAUACACCAAGACAGAGGACGGCUUCGAGAUGCAGUUUGGGGUGAAUCACCUGGGCCACUUCUUGCUCACUAACCUGCUCCUUGACCGCCUCAAAGACUCGGCCCCCAGCAGGAUUGUUGUAGUUUCCUCCAAACUUUACAAAUACGGAGAAAUCAACUUUGAAGAUUUAAACAGUGAGCAAAACUAUAAUAAAAGUUUCUGUUAUAGCCAGAGCAAGUUGGCAAAUAUUCUCUUUGCCAGAGAACUUGCCCACCGCCUCCGAGGCACAAAUGUGACUGUAAAUGUGCUCCAUCCCGGCAUGGUCCGAACCAAUCUGGGGAGACACAUAAACAUCCCCCUCCUGGCCAGGCCGCUUUUCCACCUAGUGUCCUGGGCUUUGUUCAAGACCCCUGCAGAAGGAGCCCAAACCUCCGUCUACCUGGCCUCGUCCCCAGAAGUAGAGGGUGUGUCGGGGAAGUACUUUGGGGACUGCAAAGAGGAGGACCUGCUGCCCAAAGCGAUGGACGAGUCCAUUGCAAGAAAACUCUGGGACAUCAGUGAAGUGAUGGUGGGCAUCCUAAAGUAGCUGUGGAGUAGCUGGGCAGGCCAGGCUGCGGGUGGUGCAGUGCAGGCGGGCCCUCCCUCACUCAAUUUGUGAGAAAAGGAUCAUGGGAACCUGAACAGCUCCAGAGCCAGCAGACAAAGCUGGGCCCCCCCUCGAGGCCACACAGAAGUCCUGUUGGUUGAGCUUUAGCCCGCAUGUGCUUGGAUUAAGAACCGGACAGGCAUCCCUGGCACUGAGGAGCGCUGGGGAGGGCCCUGGCCUUGUUGGAAUAAACACUCUUGAUCGAA